AUGUCGUCCGGAAACCCCUUCCGCCUUUCUCAAGCUCCCCGUCAGCCCGCGCCCGUCCCGCAGACUUCCUUCAUCAACACGGAUAGCAGUGUGCUUGGAGCGCGCAGGGAGGACAGCGACCAUGUGCUCGAAGAUGCCGCCCCGCCGUCGACUGGCAAGACCAAGAAGUCUGUCCGCAUUCUCUCGCCCACUACUACGAUUCCACCGCCCAUCUUUGACGACUCAGAUGCGACCUUGAACGAGCUCAUGGCCCGGCGAUCGAGCCAAGGUCGGCCUGCGAGCCCACCGCCUCCCGUAACACCCGCCGGCUUUGUCAACAACUCUGUCACCGCGGGUGAAGCCAAUGCCCAAGUUGUCGGGAAAGACGCCAUGGCAAUAGCGGACGCGUCCCCAAACCCGAGAUCAACCUUCGGCGAGUCGCUGGCGAUGCAAUCGCCGGGUAACGUACCAGCGAAUCCAUUCUCGAGAACACUGGCCUCGUUAGAACCCCAAGACAAGGAGAGUGAGGAGGAGCGGACGAACACGGGAAGACCGAUGCUAGGCAACAGUAGAGCUUCCUUGGAUGUAGAGAGCUUUAAGAAUCUACUCCUGACCGGAAAGGCUACUCCGCGACCAUCCGGUCCGCCGCAGCAGUCUACGAGCGCAUCACAACCGGUCGCAGGCGCGCAAUUCGAGACCAGUAGUAGCACCGACACGUCCUCGGUCUCACGGCAAUCGCUAUUCGAGCCCAUACAAGAAUCCCACGCUGAUUCACCACGUACAUCGGUCGAUAUGGCCGACUCGGAUGAGGACGAGAGCAUGGGGCUAGUCUCCGAGGUGAAGAAGGGCAAGAAGAAGCCCCCGCCUGCCCCCAAGCAUCGACACGGAAAGCUCGUUACGCAGAGACGGCCACAGACAGUGUCCUUCGAGAGCUUUGCAGCGACAGAGCCAACACCACCGCCGCCUAUUAGACGAACAGACAGUUCGGAUACAAACAAGCCGCUCCCUCCAACUCCCGUUGCUGCGCCGCAGUCAUCCCAUAUCAGCACGCAAGAUACCACCUCGCUACAAUCCCAACCAACCCCACCAGCACAAGAUCAUCCUUCACCGCCUUCAGAAGAAUACCGCCGUACAAGUACAGAGCACAGACGGACGAGCGUAGCCAGCGAGAGCUCAUUGAGAAGGGAGUACGCGCCUGCAGACGAGAAAGGUGGGAACGAAUAUGCUUUAUACUCGCCAAUGGAAGAGAGCGAGAAGAAGCUAGGUCUCGAUGAAAACAUGGCUGGUGGGAAGGAGGGCGAGGGAAGGAGCGACUCAAGUAACAUCCUCGACGAUAUGGAAAAGUUCCAACGCGAGAUCGACGAGUUGAGGACGAAGUAUAAACAUACGGGAUAG